CUCGUCUUCACUCUCAAUCCACACAAACACAAAGCUAUCCCGGCUUUUAUACUUCUCCUCCUCAUUUCACGGACUAGUGUUUUCUCAACUAAAUGGCCUCCCAUGUUUCUAAAACUUUCUUGAAAUUAUUCCUUGUCAUCUCUCUGUUUCAAAUCUCUUUGGCUACGAGAAAGCUCAAUGAGCUUGUGCAAGAUCAGCCUAAGCUCUUGCAAUACCACAAUGGCCCUCUUCUUUCGGGCAAGAUCUCCGUUAACCUCAUUUGGUACGGAAAGUUCAAGCCUUCCCAAAGAUCCAUCAUCUCAGAUUUCAUCACCUCCCUUUCAUCUUCUGCAUCCCAAAAUGCCCAGCCAUCUGUUUCCACCUGGUGGAAAACAACUGAGAAGUACUACCAUCUCACCUCCAGGAAACAUUCUUCUCUAUCCCUUCUUCUGGGAAGGCAAAUACUAGACGAGAGCUACUCAUUGGGAAAAUCACUCACAACCAAACAAAUUGUGGAACUGGCUUCUAAGGGUGACCAGAAGAACGCCAUUAAUGUCGUUCUCACUUCCUCAGAUGUGGCCGUUGAAAAAUUCUGUCUUAGCAGAUGCGGCACUCAUGGAUCUGCCUUGGGCUCAAAGAGUGGCCAAGUUAAGGGCAAGAAUUACAGGUUUGCGUACAUCUGGGUGGGGAACUCAGAGAUACAGUGCCCAGGGCAAUGCGCCUGGCCAUUCCACCAGCCCAUCUACGGACCCCAGAGCCCACCUCUGGUGGCACCCAACAAUGAUGUGGGUCUGGACGGCAUGGUCAUAAACUUGGCUAGCCUCUUGGCUGGGACUGCCACGAACCCAUUUGGAAACGGCUACUUCCAGGGCCCGGCCGAUGCUCCUCUAGAGGCCGCAUCGGCUUGUCCUGGGAAAUACGGCAAAGGGGCUUACCCUGGUUAUGCAGGAAACCUUUUGGUGGAUCCUACAACUGGUGCUAGCUACAAUGCACAUGGAGGCGAUGGGAGAAAGUACGUGCUUCCUGCUUUAUACGAUCCAUCUACAUCAUCUUGUUCGACUCUGGUCUGAGAAAGGGAUUAGUGGAGUAGUAUGUUUAGAGCAGCAGAUUAGUGGAAUGUAUACAUUGAGUGCCAGAUACUGUGAUUCAUUUAUUUGUUAUAUCGUUUUGGUUUUCGGACUAAUAAUAGAAGAGCAAAUUGCUUUGGUUUGCUUCUUAAUUAAA